AUGCGCGCCCGGAGCGCGGGCUGCGCCGCAGGGCUGCUGGCAGUCGGCUGGCUGUUCCUGGUGGGCCUGCAGGGCUCGCUGGCAGCGAAUGUCACAGCGGUCCAGGAACCCGGCUUGGUCCAUGAGGGCGACGAGAGCGAGCCCGACGAGGAGGCCGAGAACGAUGCCGAAGUGCUGGAGAACGAGACCCCGGCCGAGGCCGAGGAAGAGGGUGAGGUUCAUAACAGAACAAUAGUCAAAGAAGUAGAGUUCGGAAUGUGCACAGUCACAUGUGGUGUUGGUGUCAGAGAAGUUAUUUUAACCAAUGGAUGCCCUGGAGGUGAAUCCAAGUGUAUUGUUCGUGUGGAAGAAUGCCGUGGACCUGCUGAUUGUGGCUGGGGUAGACCAAUUUCUGAAAGUCUUGAAACUGCAAAGCUGUCAUGUGUUCAUAUAACUCCUGAAAAUCGUUUCAAAUAUGUAUGGAAGCUUCUAAAGCCAGACCAACAACCGGUCAUCCUUGUAAAUGACUCAGCAAUCCUGGAAGUAAGAAGAGAACUUCAUCCCAUGGCUUUCGAGUGUGACACCCUGGACAGUAAUGAAUUAGUAGCUUCUGUUAAGUUCACAGUCUACACAACAAGCGAACUGCACAUGAGAAGGUCAAAUAGGCCGGACACGGAUGCAGUCUUAGUUUUUGUACUGACCGUAGGAGUCAUUAUCUGCAUAUUUGUGAUCUUCGUACUGAUCUUCAUCAUCGUAAAUUGGGCGGCAGUGAAAUCCUUCUGGGGGGCAAAAACCUCAACAACUGAGAUACACUCCGAGAUGAGUUCUAUGCGGUACAAAGACUCGACCUCUCUUGACCAGGCACCGACAGACAUGCCAGUACAUGAAGAAGACGCACUGAGCGAGUGGAAUGAAUGA